CUAACUACUUGAUGGUACUGUUUCCAGUCCCCGUCACCGUGAAGGCCUCCACCGCGGAGAGUGUACCCCACUGGCCGACCUCGGGGACACAUGCGCCAUGCCGAGCGACAGAUUGCAACACCGACCCCUGGUUUGUCCUUGUGUUGAAGGACUGGAGUGUAUUGGACGCAGGCCUUCAAAGGGACAGCCGACAUUCCUUGCCCUUCUAUACCCCACGGGGAAGUGCGUGGACCCAAAUGCGUGCUCCAGUAACCUCGACUGUGAUGAGAACGAAUGCUGCGCCAUUGUUGGCACUGGAUUCGAUCCACCGAAACGGUGCAUUCCUCUAGGAGGAGAAGGUGAGAGGUGCGCCGCCUCGUACAACCCAGAGCGCCCCCUAGGGUGCCCCUGUGCUGAGGGGUUAACAUGUGAAGUGACCGAAGGGGCGCAGAAGACCUUCUUGUCCAUCCUUCACCCCACCGGUAGAUGUCGCCAGGCGUAAACUUUGACAGCUUUUCAUGCUGAAAUGUAGACCUCUCGUGGGUGUCAACUUACACGAAUUUUGUUGACAUUUUAUGGACAUUAUGAAUAAAUAUACUGUCCUCAUCACACG